AUGUACACCACAACCCCAAACACCAUCCUUCAACAGCUACACCACAACCCCAAACACCAUCCUUCAACAACUACACCUCAACCCGAAAUACCAUCCUUCACCACUACACCCCAUCUCGAAACACCGUCCUUCAACAUCUACACCACAACCCCAAACAUCAUCUUUCAACAUCUACACCACAACAACAAACACCAUCCUUCGACACAACCACCCAAACACCAAUCUCGGCACCUAUUUUUCCUGAACCUCCACACUAACCUACACCUCAUGAACCUCCACACAAACCUACACCUGCUGAACACCCACACCAACCUACACCUCCUGAACACCUACACCAACCUACACCUCCUGAACCUCCACACUAACCUACAUCCCCUGAACACCCACACCAACCUACACCUUCUGAACCUCCACACCAACCUACACCCCCUGAACACCCACACCAACCUACACCUCCUGAACACCCACACCAACCUACACCUUCUGAACCUCCACACCAACCUACACCCCCUGAACACCCACACCAACCUACACCCCCUGAACACCCACGCCAACCUACACCCCCUGAACACCCACACCAACCUACACCUCCUGAACACUCACACCAACCUACACCUUCUGAACCUCCACACCAACCUACACCCCCUGAACACCCACACCAACCUACACCCCCUGAACACCCACGCCAACCUACACCCCCUGAACACCCACACCAACCUACACCCCCUGAACACCCACACCAACCUACACCCCCUGAACCUUCACACCAACCUACACCUCCUGAACACCCACACCAACCUACACCCCCUGAACACUCACACCAACCUACACCUCCUGAACCUCCACACCAACCUACACCCCCUGAACACCCACACCAACCUACACCUCCUGAACACCCACACCAACCUACAUCCCCUGAACACCCACACUAACCUACACCUCCUGAACACCCACACCAACCUACACCUUCUGAACCUCCACACCAACCUACAUCCCCUGAACACCCACACCAACCUACACCUUCUGAACACCCACGCCAACCUACACCCCCUGAACACCCACGCCAACCUACACCCCCUGAACACCCACACCAACCUACACCCCCUGAACACUCACACCAACCUACACCCCCUGAACACCCACGCCAACCUACACCCCCUGAACACCCACACCAACCUACACCCCCUGAACACCCACACCAACCUACACCUCCUGAACACCCACACCAACCUACACCUCCUGAACCUCCACACCAACCUACACCUCCUGAACACCCACACCAACCUACACCCCCUGAACACUCACACCAACCUACACCCCCUGAACACCCACACCAACCUACACCUCCUGAACACCCACACCAACCUACACCUCCUGAACCUCCACACCAACCUACACCUCCUGAACACCCACACCAACCUACACCUCCUGAACCUCCACAACAACCUACACCUCCUGAACCUCCACACCAACCUACACCUCCUGAACACCCACACCAACCUACACCUUCUGAACCACCACACCAACCUACACCUCCUGAACACCCACACCAACCUACACCCCCUGAACACCCACACCAACCUUCACCUCCUGAAGACCCACACUAACCUACACCCCCUGAACACCCACACCAACCUACACCCCCUGAAUACCCACACCAACCUACACCCCCUGAACACCCACACCACCCUACACCCCCUGAACACCCACACCAACCUACACCUCCUGAACACCCACACCAACCUACACCUUCUGAACCUCCACACCAACCUACACCUCCUGAACACUCACACCAACCUACACCCCCUGAACACCCACACCAACCUUCACCUCCUGAACACCCACACCAACCUACACCCCCUGAACACCCACACCAACCUACACCCCCUGAACACCCACACCAACCUACACCUCCUGAACACCCACACCAACCUACACCCCCUGAACCUUCACACCAACCUACACCUCCUGAACACUCACACCAACCUACACCCCCAGAACCUCCACACUAACCUACACCCCCUGAACACCCACACUAACCUACACCCCCUGAACACCCACACCAACCUACACCCCCUGAACCUUCACACUAACCUACACCCCCUGAACACCCACAACAACCUACACCUCCUGAACCUCCACACCAACCUACACCUCCUGAACACCCACACCAACCUACACCCCCUGAACCUUCACACCAACAUACACCUCCUAAACACUCACACCAACCUACACCCCCAGAACCUCCACACUAACCUACACCCCCUGAACACCCACACUAACCUACACCCCCUGAACACCCACACCAACCUACACCCCCUGAACCUUCACACCAACCUACACCCCCUGAACACCCACACCAACCUACACCCCCUGAACCUCCACACCAACCUACACCUCCUGAACACUCACACCAACCUACACCCCCUGAACCUCCACACUAACCUACAUCUCCUGAACACUAACACCAACCUACACCUCCUGAACCUCCACACCAACCUACACCUCCUGAACACCCACACCAACCUACACCCCCUGAACACCCACACCAACCUACACCCCCUGAACCUCCACACCAACCUACACCUUCUGAACACCCACACCAACCUACACCUCUGA